AUGGAAUCUGACGACGACGACAACGGCAAUCCAGCCGACGUACCCAUGGACGACGAGGAAGCCACGGAUGAACUGCCUCGCCGACCAUUCCGCGCGCAAGAUCCUACGAGUGUGCUCUGCGGCAGUUUCCCUGAAGGCAUCGAAAUGGACGACGUCAUCGCCCCGGAAACGUGGCAGAAAAGCAAGGCAGCAGAGGCCAAAUACAUCGCCGAAUUCAUGCGGGACAACUCGGACCGACUGCGCGCUGCGGAGCGGCCGCCAGAUUGUACUGUGGCCAGCGACGCAACUUGCAUGCGCCCCGCCGCGUCGCUGGCAGCGGCAGACCGGCAAUCAGAGUUUUUCAAGAUGGUGGACGCUUGGAAAGCAGACUCUCACUUUCAUCGACACAAGUCCCCGCAGCCAGCACCCGAUGCACUUGAGAGACGACUUCGCGCUGCAAUGGCUACCGGCGACGCGUCGACGUUCCCCCCUGUACCUCCGCGCACGAGGACGGCAGUGGUCGACGCGUGCCUACACCUUCUGCAUAAUGGAGUCUUGGAUGUAGUGGACAUGGAGCGCGUGAACGUCAAACAGGCCCGCGCUUUGCUCUGGAACGCGGCAUGGCUACAAGAUGUCAUGAACCGCAGGUGGGGCUUCGAUGAGCCCACGGGCCCAACGGCAACUGGACGCCCUUCAUUCGCCGAUGGUUUUCAGUUGGCUCUUAUGGGUCCAGGCGGUACUGGGAAGACGGCGGUGCUGAGAGUCGUGGAAGCGGUGAUCUGCUACUUCAACGGACCCGACACGGUUCAGAAGUGCGCGCCGUCGAACUCCGCCGCGAGGCUUCUCAAGGGUGACACGCUGCACGCUCUCUGCAAGCUGCCGUUCGGCAACGUCACCGUGACGGGCAAGAAGGGCCGCUUGACCCGAUCUGUCUUAGAACAGCAUCGAGAUCGAUGGGAGUGUGCUCUCGCGUGCUUCAUCGACGAGGUGUCCAUGGUUGCUGCGGCGCAACUCUUCCAGUCGGAGGUCCGAUUGAAAGCCGCGAAGAAUUCCGCUCAGGCAUGGGGCGGCUUGGGAAUGACGUUGUCCGGAGACUUCAUGCAGCUCCCGCCAGUAGACCCGACGGGGGACAGCAGGAGCCUCGCCACAGACCCAGACGAAGUCGACGUCCUCAAUGAAAAAGGCCCAGACGCCACAACGAAGGACGCAGACAAGAAGAGGUCCAAGCACGUGGAAACAGUGCAGGGGCUUCAACUCUGGCGGAGAGUGCGACGGGUUGUGACGCUAGACAUUAACGUCCGGGCCCCUGGCCCUCUCAGCCAGCUGCUUGGAGAGAUGCGUGCUGGCCACAUUUCUGACGAGAUGUGGGCCUUAUACACCAAUCGCAUUCUGUCUUCCAACGACGCUCGACCGCUGGACCCGGCGUCUCCAUUUGCAAUGCACCCGUGGACGUACAUCGUGCACAGACACAAGAUUCGAGCUUAUCGGUCCAUGCAAAAGGCGCGACAGCAGGCUUUGCGCACGGGGCAGCGCGUGUACGUCGUCCAAGCCCGGGACGAGCCAGACCUGCCCAGCUUGCUGCCCCUCUACGUCGGCAUGCGCCUGACCAUGUACUCGAAGGAUUGCGUGCGAUUGGGACUGAUGAAGGGCUGCGUGUGCACGCUUCGACAUAUCGUCUUCGCCGACGGCGAGAGUUUCCCCGCGGACUCCCUGGACGACAAUGUUGUGCACCUGCAGUACAUGCCGAUCACGUUAUGGUUGCAAGCGGACGGCGCUGAGUGGACGCUUCCAGCGUCAGACUUGCCCGCAGACUUGCCAACGUGCACUGACAGACAGGGACUCUUCCAAAUGCGGCCCACCUACGGAUACCUCCGCGCCACGUGGGAAGAGGAGAACUUUUCUGUCCGCCGGACAACGUGCCGGCUACUUCCAGCGGAUACCAUUAUAGUGCACGGCGCCCAAGGUGGCACGUACCCAGCAGUGGUGGCCGACAUGAAAAAGCCACCGUCGAUGGACGCCGACACGCACUGGCUCGCUUGCUACGUCAUGCUGUCGCGGCCCGUCUCCGUGGAAGGCUUACUCAUCUUGCGCCCAGCCACGAGGCGGGAAUUGUCCCGACCGCCUCCGAAAUUCAUCCUCGACGAAAUUACCCGCCUUGCUGACAUGGAGACGGCGUCGCUGGACGAAUUGAUUCAGAUCCUGCAAGAUCUGAAGGGGGAACCGUUCCCGCCUGAGAUCUUGGAUUCAGUUCUUGCUCAGGACGGCGCCGCCCGGCAGUCCGCCGAGGUAGCCGAAUAUCGGAGAGCCGGGCCAGCGCUCCGCACAGUUUCUCGGCGCACGCGCGGCAAAACGACGCCACCUGCGCCCCUGUCGAGAGUUGGAGACACGGCGGGCGUGGGCGAGGAUGCUGCAGCGCAGGCGACGCCACCGUCCUCGGCGCCCCCGCUGAAGAAGCCGCGGCUGCCAAACAUGGAGACGGCGCGCGCGUCGACGCCGCCCACGGUGAACGCCUCCGAGUCGGAAAGAGCAAUCUGCGCGGCCGUUGGCCGCCAGUGCGCCGCCGGCGCGGGCGCGGCCCCCGCGGGGAGCACGGGCCCGCAGCCGCCCCAAGCGGCACAGCGCACCGCUGCAGCGCAGCGGAGGACGGCCCCGCUGGGAGAGCAGAGCGCCACAGCGUGCAAGCCAGACGCACACGCGGCAAGCAGCCCAAACAGUGCCGCUAACGCGAGGGAAGGUGCCGCAGAUAACGACGACAACGGGAAGCGCAAGGCUGCCAGGCAUUCACCCCCCCCGCGAGCGCCCUGCUCCGAGUGCGGAGAGGCUGGAUGCACGCCACAUUCCCCCACGUGCGCCUUCUUCUUGAUCGCGCCACAGUGCGAGGCUACCUCCACUUUGCCGUGGGCUCGCGGGACCCCGUGUCCGGCAUCGACGAACUUGCGCAACUACUGCGCGAAGUUCACGCGGCACGUAGCCACGGGACCCUUCGAAGUGGAAAGUGUGGAAUACGGAGCUGGCGGAGAUUGCCUCUACCACAGUGUCGCGGGCGUCCUCGCUCGCAUGGUGCUCCACGGAGGUGGGCCGGCACGACGCAUUUUAAAGAGCAUCCCAUCCGCAGUGUUCUUCCAGGGCUCCAACGCCACAAUGCAGCACUUGCGGGCCAUCUCCGCCUCGAUAUACAGCCAGUGGGCCCCCGAGCAGGUGCUCGACUUCGUGGUCGCUGCAGCCAUGCAACAGCGCAGCAACGCCCAUCUCGACGAGUGGGACCCUGCAGCGUUGCUGUCCGACUUCUGCUUCGAAUGCCUUUUGCACGCUGAAAGCGUCCUGGCGUUUGAAGAGCAAGAUGAUGGCGACGCGCUCGUUCGCAUCGCGUACACCCAGGCGCACUCUGGAGCAGGCGCCAGAGAAGAGCGCAUUACGAGAAUACCUGGCGGAGUCGCCAACCUAGCCCAGGUUCGAGCCAGACUCUCCCACUUCAUGCGUCAGCCAGGCAACGUUCAUUGGGGUACUCAAACUGACGUGCGCAGUCUAAGCGACCGCUUGGAUGUGGGAAUCUUACUCUUUCAGGAUCGCCUACGUGGACGUGCCCGCACCUGCCUCUACAAUGUGGGCGGCCAGCGAGCAGAUUACCCAUACUGGAUCGCUUUAUGGUGGGAGGAGCCGAUCCAUUUCCGCGGCGCGCAGCUGCGCCCACGCCCCCCAGAGUCAGACGCGCACAACAGCAACCGCCCG